CUGCCCCUGGCGAAUCGGUGCAGACGGAAGGUGUUCCAGUGUCAGGAGGCUGACGACAGCAUCGUGUCGAAGUCCAUGAUGACGACACCGUGUACGUCGUCAUCUAUCAGCGGCGAGCUGGUGAAGACGAUCGAGGUGGAGCCCCCGCCGGAGACGGAGACGAAGUCCGGCGAGAAGAGCACGUCGGUGGAGACAGAGACGCGUGAGGAGUUCGAGGUCGAGGAGAGCAGCCUUUCGACGACGUCCGGCAGCACGACGACCGUGUCGGGUGGUCGCGCCAUCCGUUCGAGCGUGGAGGCCGGUGCCGCCCCCGGCGAGUCGGUGCAGACGGAGGUGUUCCAGUCGCAGGAGGCUGACGGCAGCAUCGUGACGAAGACGGUGAAGACGACAACGCGUACGUCGACGUCUGCCAGCGGCGAGCUGGUGAAGACGAUCGAGGUGGAGACCACGACGGAGACGGAGACGAAGUCCGGCGAGAAGAGCACGACGGUGGAGACAGAGACGCGUGAGGAGACCGAGGUCGAGGAGAGCAGCCUCUCGACGACGUCCGGCAGCACGACGACCGUGUCGGGCGGUCGCGCCAUCCGUUCGAGCGUGGAGGCCGGUGCCGCCCCCGGCGAGUCGGUGCAGACGGAGGUGUUCCAGUCGCAGGAGGCUGACGGCAGCAUCGUGACGAAGACGGUGAAGACGACAACGCGCAAGUCGACGUCUGCCAGCGGCGAGCUGGUGGAGACGAUCGAGGUGGAGACCACGACGGAGACGGAGACGAAGUCCGGCGAGAAGAGCACGACGGUGGAGACAGAGACGCGUGAGGAGACCGAGGUCGAGAAGAGCAGCCUCUCGACGACGUCCGGCAGCACGACGACCGUGUCGGGUGGUCGCGCCAUCCGUUCGAGCGUGGAGGCCGGUGCCGCCCCCGGCGAGUCGGUGCAGACGGAGGUGUUCCAGAUGGGAUAG